AUGCCAUUCGUCCAAGACGACAACAUGUCGCUUCCCUACCCACCGCGGUUUGCCUACUACGACGGCAAGCUCCAGUCCGCGACCUCGACCUCCUCCUUCCAGACUCUUGAUCCCGCCACCGCAAAGCCCCUAGCAAACAUCCACACCACCUCUCCAUCCGCCAUAGACGCCGCAGUCGCAUCUGCACAAAAAGCGUUCCCCGCAUGGUCCGCGACACCACACAUCGAGCGCGCACGUAUCCUCCAGAAGGCUGCCGCCAUCCUCCGCUCGCGGAACGACGAGCUAGCUAAGGUAGAAACACAUGACACGGGCAAGGCCUUCUCUGAGACGUCGACGGUAGAUGUCGUGACUGGAGGCGAUGUGCUCGAAUACUAUGCGAACAUGGUCGGAGGCGGCGGAUUGAACGGCGAGACGAUACAAUUGCGCCCGAAUGCGUGGGUAUACACUACCAAGAACGCGCUCGGAGUAUGUGCAGGCAUAGGCGCGUGGAACUAUCCCAUUCAGAUUGCUUUGUGGAAGUCUGCGCCCUGCCUUGCCGCCGGCAACACCAUGGUGUACAAGCCGUCUGAAUUCACGCCGCUUCAUUCCACACUGCUGGCGGAAAUAUAUGCUGAGGCCGGCGUUCCUCCUGGUGUGUUCAAUGUCGUGCAAGGAGGAGGCGACGUAGGCGCAUAUCUCACAAAACACCCGGUCAUUGCCAAGGUCAGCUUCACAGGUCAGGUUUCGACAGGACAAAAGGUCGCGGGGAGUGCCGCGGGCGGCAUGAAGUACGUGACCAUGGAGCUCGGCGGCAAAUCCGCCUGCAUCAUCCUCCCCGAUGCCGAUAUCGACCAAGCAGUUGACGGCGCCAUGAUGGCCAACUUCUUUUCGACCGGCCAAGUUUGCACCAACGGAACCAGAGUCUUCGUCCCGCAGUCAAUAAAGUCUGUCUUCGAGAAGAAAUUGCUCGACAAGAUGAAGCACAUCCGGGCUGGCGAUGUGUCGGAUCCGAAAACCAACUUUGGCCCAUUGGUCAGCAAACCGCAUUACGAAAAGGUCCUCUCGUACAUCAAGCACGGCAUUGAAGUGGACAAGGCGAAGCUGCUCUGUGGAGGGCCGGAGAAGCCCACAUGGCUCUCGUCUCACAAGCAAAAGGACUACCAAAACGGCUACUGGGUCGCUCCUACCAUAUUUACCGACUGCAACGACAAGAUGCGCAUUGUACAAGAAGAGAUCUUCGGUCCCGUCAUGUCUCUGCUUCCCUAUCCUGACAACGACAUAGCUUCGCUGAUCGCACGCGCAAACAACACGAACGUUGGCCUCGCCGCGGGCGUCUUUACGAGAGACGUGAACCUUGCGCACCAGGUCAUUGGGCAACUGGAGGCCGGCAUCACAUGGGUAAACACCUGGGGUGAAAGCCCUGCGGAGAUGAGUGUGGGAGGGUGGAAGCUGAGCGGAGUUGGCGUGGAGAAUGGAAGGAAGGGCCUUGAGGCGUGGGUGAAGAACAAGAGCACGCUCGUAGAUAUGGGCGGUGAGGUGCCUACUGUGUUCGCGAAAUUGUAG